GUCAUGGUCUCGCCUGAUGAAGGCUUCGAUUCGGACGAGGAGAUUGGCCCAACUAGAACCUUGACAAAGAAGGAACAACAGGAAUUGGAACGACGUCGUUUGAAGAACAAAAAGAAGAAGCUUUCAAAACGUCACCGAAAAGCUGCUCAUGAAGAAGCUGAUGCUGUUGACACAGUCACUCCCAAAGAAGAAAAGCCAGAUGAGCAAGAUGGGGAAGUGCAGGGGCCAAAGAAUGCGACUGAAGAUCUCGAAGUAGAAAUUGACUACGUUGGUGAAACACCGAAGCUGGACGAAAAAGAUCCAAAUUUCCAGUAUUUUUCCGCUAUUUUCAGUGCAUUCAAGAUAGAACCCACUGAUGAAAAUGGGGAACCGCUCGAUGGCGCUGUCUCAUCAGGCGUGGUUCACAAGAAAGACGAGGAGUACAAUCGGGCAUCAAUGUCUGAAAAGAUCUUGCAGGAAGAAAUCAACGUAAAUCGUUUGAAUUGCUCUUGCGCUAUGUGCAUUCUGUCAAUAAAGUAUUUAAGGACAAAUUGA